AAUAAAUAAAAAUCCAUCUGAGGAAUUUUCCUUUGGUUCAGAUCAGUGAAGGAUUUUGCUAUGUUGCUCUCUAUCUCUUAAAAGCUGUCUCCUGAACAUAGUGAGACUGAAUCUAGUGGAAAUUUGGGAUUGUUCAAACUCAAAAGCUUCUUUUGGGUUAUACAGUGGCAGAGAAGGAUGCAAACGUCGGGACAUCAUAGUAGACCGAGCAUGGUGAAUAAACGAUUUUGUCAGUCUGUCCGGAAGUUGGAGGCCUACUCUCCUCAACUGUGCCAGACUCUGAACCCGUUUGGUAGCUGCAAUAAAAGUAGCAAUGGGUAUGCAUACCCGAUCCAUAUCUCUCAAGAUCAAGAUCAAGAUCGGUAUUGCACACUCGAGUCAUCCUUGUUGAGCACAUACAACUCGCCCUCGACUGUCACUUUCUCACCGAAUGAAAGCUCACUGUCCCAUCAAGAAUCUCAGUCAGGCGUCGCAGAGGGAUCUCCAAUUAGCGGGCUGGACUUAGCCGAAGAUGUAUGCGAGUUAAAGCAUAAGUUGAAGGAGCUGGAGAGUGCAAUGUUGGGGCCUGAACCAGAUUCUGGUGAAAAUUCCUUACCCUCAGCAGCUGUGGAGACGGAAACAUGGAGACGGGCGAUGAUCCCUGUCCCACGAGGCGACUUGAAGCAAGUACUCGUUGCCUGUGCAAUGGCAGUCUCGGACAACAAUAUAUUAGGUGUGCAGUGGCUAAUGUCCGAGCUGCGGCAGGUUGUCUCAGUUUCUGGCGAGCCGAUCCAGCGAUUGGGAGCUUACAUGCUUGAAGGACUCGUUGCUCGGGUUAGUGCUUCCGGGAGUUCAAUCUAUAAAUCUCUGAAGCUCCGUGAGCCUGCAGGCUUCGAGCUUUUAUCGUAUAUGCACACGCUUUAUGAGAUAUGCCCGUAUCUCAAGUUUGGGUACAUGGCUGCUAAUGGUGCUAUAGCAGAAGCGAUGAAGGACGAAAGCGAAGUACAUAUAAUCGAUUUCCAAAUAGGUCAAGGGAGCCAAUGGAUACCUCUCAUCCAAGCAUUCGCUGCUCGGCCAACCGGGCCGCCUCAAAUCCGCAUCACGGGCCUCGAUGACUUCACCUCAGCAUAUGAGCGCGGUGGUGGAUUGAGCAUUGUCGGAAAAAGGCUCUCCAAGAUUGCCGAGGCAUUCAAAGUACCGUUCGAGUUUCAUGCGGCAACUUUCUCCAACACAAGGUUUCAUUCGACUGGGCUCGGGAUCCGUCCUGGUGAGGCGGUUGCAGUGAACUUUGCCUUCGUACUGCACCGCGUUCCCGAUGAGAGUGUGACGACAGACAACCGGCGGGAUCAUCUGCUGCGGGCAGUGAAGGGGCUGAGACCGAAGGUAGUGACGCUGGUGGAGCGAGAGCUGAAUGCAAACACGGCGGCAUUCUACCCGCGGUUCCGGGAGGCGCUGGAGUACUAUGCGGCGGUGUUCGAGUCGAUCGACGCGGCGCUGCCGAGGGGGGAGCGGGCGCGGAUGGACGUGGAGCAGCAUUGCCUGGCGAGAGAGGUGGUGAAUGUGAUAGCGUGCGAGGGGGCGGAGAGGGUGGAGAGGCACGAGCCGCUGGGGAAGUGGCGGUCGAGGCUGCGGAUGGCAGGGUUCGAGCAGAGUCCCAUGAGCUCCAUGGUGAAUGGGACCAUCAGGGGCCUGUUGAGGGACAAGUACUGUGGCAAGUAUAGAGUUGAGGAGAGGGAUGGGGCUUUGUAUCUUGGAUGGUUGAAUGCACAUUUGGUAGCUUCUUCUGCCUGGAAAUGAUAAUUAACUACAUUAUUGUAAUAUC